AUGCCCGGCGGCUGCCCAGGCGGCGGCGGAGGCUCUGCCCGCGCCGACCUUCACGCUCCGCUGCGUUUCUUUGGAGCGGAAGCCUUUGCGGUUGGCAAAGCCUGCUUCGGGCCUCCUCUUGGAGUUCCCACUUCCGGAAGCCCAGACGGAAAGCGGAGGGCCGGUGAGAGCGGGAAGGAGUUCCAGGUGCCCGCUGCCCUCAGACAAGGAGCUGGGCAGGGAGAAGCCGGAGGAGACCGAGGCCUGGGCAGGUGCAGCGGCAGCGGGACGGAGAAGCUGCACUGGCCUGGGCCGCGGACCUGCCCAGGACCUGGGGACACGGAGCGGGCGCGGACAGAUGUGGGCCUCCUGCAGAUGCAGCUGAUCCUGCACUACGACGAGACCUACCGUGAGGUGAAGUACGGCAGCAUGGGGCUCCCGGACAUCGACAGCAAGAUGCUGAUGGGCAUCAACGUGACGCCCAUCGCUGCCCUGCUGUACACGCCGGUGCUCAUCAGGUUCUUUGGCACCAAGUGGAUGAUGUUCCUGGCUGUGGGCAUCUACGCCCUCUUCGUCUCCACCAACUACUGGGAGCGCUACUACACCCUCGUGCCCUCGGCCGUGGCCCUGGGCAUGGCCAUCGUGCCUCUUUGGGCCUCUAUGGGCAACUACAUCACCAGGAUGUCCCAGAAGUACUACGAGUACUCUCACUACAAGGAGCGGGACGAGCAGGGCCCCCGGCAGCGCCCGCCUCGGGGCUCCCACGCCCCCUACCUCCUGGUUUUCCAAGCCAUCUUUUACAGCUUCUUCCACCUGAGCUUCGCCUGUGCCCAGCUGCCCAUGGUCUACUUCCUGAACCACUACCUGUACGACCUGAACCACACGCUGUACAACGUGCAGAGCUGCGGUACUAACAGUCAGGGCAUCCUCAACGGCUUCAACAAGACAGUGCUGCGGACGCUGCCGCGCAGCCGAAGCCUCAUUGUGGUGGAGAGCGUGCUCAUGGCCAUGGCCUUCCUGGCCAUGCUGGUGGUGCUGGGUCUGUGCGGAGCCGCAUACCGGCCCACGGAGGAGAUCGACCUGCGUAGCGUGGGCUGGGGCAACAUCUUCCAGCUGCCCUUUAAGCACGUGCGCGACUUCCGCCUGCGCCAUCUCGUGCCCUUCUUCAUCUACAGCGGCUUCGAGGUGCUCUUUGCCUGCACUGGAAUCGCGCUGGGCUACGGCGUCUGCUCAGUGGGGCUGGAGCGCCUGGCAUACCUCCUGGUGGCCUAUGGCCUGGGCGCCUCGGCCUCGUCGCUGCUGGGCCUGCUGGGGCUGUGGCUGCCCCGGCCUGUGCCUCUGGUGGCUGGGGCCGGGCUGCACCUGCUGCUCAUUCUCGGCCUCUUUUUCUGGGCUCCGGUACCUCGAGUCCAGCAACACGCCUGGAUCCUUUAUGGAGCAGCUGUCCUUUGGGGUGUGGGGAGUGCCCUCAACAAGACUGGGCUCAGCACACUCCUGGGAAUUCUGUACGAGGACAAAGAGAGGCAGGACUUCAUCUUCACCAUCUACCACUGGUGGCAGGCGGUGGCCAUCUUCAUUGUGUACCUGGGCUCCGGCCUGCCCAUGAAGGCAAAGCUGGCGGUGCUGCUGCUAACGCUGCUGGCGGGCUGCGGCUCCUACCUGUGGAUGGAGCAGAAGCUGCGGCUGGGCUAUGGCUCGCGUGCGGAGCCUCAGUGGAGGCCAUGGACGGCUGCCAGUGCCGCCAUCACCCCCAGGCUCUGCCAGCGCCCCAGCGCCCUGCCCACCCCGUCCUUCCAUUCGGGCGCUGCUGCCGGCAGCUCGCCAAGGGGCGCCUUUGGGUCCAGUUGGCCCUCGCUGACCCACGAUGGGCCGUCAGCUUUCGACUCGGACUUUUCUGAGAUCCUGUUGUGCCAGAACGAGAUCACGCUCGCCCUCAGGAACCUGCACAACUGGAUGAAGGACGAGCCGGUGGCCAACAACCUGAUAACGAAGGCCAGCUCCACCUUCAUCCGCAAGGAGCCCUUCGGCCUGGUGCUCAUCAUCGCCCCCUGGAACUACCCCGUGAACCUGACCCUGGUGCCCCUGGCCUGGAGCUGGGCCUGGCGGCGAGGCGUGCUGCGGGCAGACCUGUGCUCCAGGAUGAGGGCCCUGGUGGGCACCGCUCAGCCAGGGACCGAGACUUGCAGCCUCUCUGGCCCGGUGCGCCCAUCUUCCAGCUGUUCGGCGCCCUGCGUCUGCGCCCUGAAGCCGCGGCUGGAGGACAAGAAGAAGAAGGGCAAGAGGCCCCAGGACCGCGGCCAGUGA